AUGAAUAAAAUGAACAAAGUUCAAUAUGAAUCGCCGAGUGAUUCAGAUAAUAAUUGGACAGAUUCCUCCGAUGAUUCCAAAUAUUCUGAUUCGGAAAGUUCCGUUCCUGAGUGGGAUUCUGAUAUUGGAGAAGAUGGAGAGUUGGUUUUUAUUAAAGUAAAACAUAUUAAUGAAAGUAAUGAUAUAAACACCCCACUUCUAGAAAAUUGUGAAACUUUUAAGUUAAGAAGUGAUUUUAAAAGAGCUUCAACUAGGAGGUCCACUAAAGGUAAAAUUUUUAAGGUAUUAAAAAACCGAAAAGCAAAAUUUGAUAAUAGAAAUGAUAAUAAUAAAGAAAAUGAAAGUAACACAACAGAUAAUACAAAGAAAACGACAAUAGAUGAUAAUAAUAAAAUUGUCAUUAUUCAGGUAAGCAAGAAUAUGAUUUUUAACAGUGAGAAAAAUUGCCAAAUAGAAAAGUUAUUUGGCAUAAGCUUAGAAACUCAUACAGAUGGAAAGACAUUAAUUGUUGCAAAUUUUUUAAUAGAGGCUAAAGCCAUAUAUGUGCCAAGAGUUAAAGUUGGAUAUCAUUUGCUGAAAAUCAAUGGAAUUGAAGUUAACUCAUGUAACAUUAAUAGUGUCCUGCAGAGAGUCAUAGAGGAUAUUGAGAGCCCUAAGUUAACAUUUCAAGUGGUAACAGAUGGUUUUAAUAUUGAUCCUUUGAAAUUAUUUUCCUUAAAUCAUGUACCCCUGGAAAAUUCUCUUACUCAACUAUUAAAAGAAUCAAUGUGUUCUGUUUUGUAUAUAUGUUGCAAUGACAUAGAAUACCAGAGUAAUGACGAUAAAGGAGUUCUUUAUUGCUACCCUCGUCCUUAUAAUCAAAAUUAUCUAUACAAUACAAGAGGAGCCUAUGUGACUCUCAAUCACUUAACACCAAAAUCUUUAGGUACAAGUGAACCAGUAACAUCAAGUGUUCUUUACAAUAAUACUUUAAUUAAUAUUGUAUAUGCACCUCAUUUUAAUGAUUUGCUUUUAUUAGCUGUUCCAAAUAAGAACUUAGAUUUAUUUUCGGCUAAAAAAAUUAUCAGAGAUAUUGUUCGAAUUCUAGAAUUUCUCUAUGGUUCCUUAAAAGCUUGUUUCACAAAGCCAAAUAAUGUUGAUAAGUUGGAUGGUUUGUUUGCCCGCUUUUUUGUGACACUGUUGUUUAAUAAAAAUAAUGUUAGCAUGUCAAAGCAAGAUAGUAAAGUUCGAUCAAUGUUACUUGAAGACAUUUUAGCAGCUCAUACUGUUACAUUGCCUUUGGAGGUGAAAAUACAAGUUGAUGAUGCAAUAACAGAAUUAGAAGCGGCAGAUUACCGUGAAUGGACUGAUGAUGUUGAAAAUUUUCAAAGGCUUUACACUGUUAUUGGAGCAUGUUUAUAUUAUUCCGGGCAUCUUUUAAGUUCUCACUUAUGCGAUGAUGACUUGGUUGAGAUAAAUGCUUAUCUUAAAUUUAAUGGCAUACUGAGGCUUAGCAUUGAGAAAGAAUUGGAAAAACUUGUAAUGUGGAAAGAAGUAUUUAUCAAAGAGCAUAGAAACCAGACUAAUAAUGAUAAAAAUGAGAACAGAAUUCCAGAUGGCCGUUGGUUUAUUUUAACUGUGGGUAAGGGGCAUUUCUUACUAGCGACACUUAUGGAAGCAGGAGGAUGCACAGAAGAUGCCGUUGGUGUGACAUCUCCGUCACCAUUUUACGUGGAAGAAUGUGAGAGCUGUCUGGAACUUCUUUAUGAAGUGGGACUACAUAAGUAUUUAGCGUCAUGGUUCUCGUCGAAUACUCUUCCUCAACUGGAAACAUCCCCUGAGUUCCUAACAAAGUAUGGACGAAAAAUGAGAGACAACAUGGCUCUAAAGGCGGAUACCCUGAAAGUGUCGUCAUUAAAGCUUUCAAAGUCUCAGCCGGACUUGAAAAGACCUCCUUCUACUGACAACCCUAUCAACAACUAUCAUAGUACGAGUCAUCACAGUUUGUAUAAUCAGUGGUACAAUAGUUCUCAGAAGAAUUACAGACAUUCUAGUAAUUUGGACAUUAGUUAUUCGGAAGACUCGAAUAGUUUAAAGAGCAACAGCGAAGUUAGUGAAGAGAGAGUGACUGGGAGACGAGCAGAUAGGGAGCAAAGAAGUCGACGCGAUUCAUCCGGUUCAGAUUCUGACUGGGAUAGACAGGAUGGCAGCAGAGUUAGUGGUAAUAUCGACAUGACAGAUAUUAGAAAAAGCUUAUUAAAUGAACUUAAUCAUGUAACCGUGCAUAGAAUAACAGCGGGCGAGGAAAACGUUCUCUUUCAUUUCUUACAACUCGAAUCAGAGAAGGGAGUUUUAAUAGCGCCCAUGAAAAGUAUUGAAAUGCAAGCUAAUAAUAUUUUAUACUCAUUUAUAAUUAGAACAUUUAGAUCAGCUUGUAAAAAGAUACACGAUUUAUUGCAGUAUAGUAUAAAAUUUAAGAAGAACCAUGCUCCUUCUAAUCCUCUUAACAAAAUUCUUGUGGCCGUCAGAGAGUAUGGAAUGUUGUUUGAAGCGCCACAAGACGUAUUGAACCAAUGUGGCAUCAGCAAAAAGAACACCGAGCCAUUUUUAUUUUGGGUUGUUGGGCGAGUUUUUAGUGAAGCAGAACCUAGAGAGCUGUAUCUAUGCUAUCACGAAUCUGUACCUCAAGAUCUCACCGAAGUGGCGCAUUUAUUGUCAUAUUUGGAGUGA